AUGUAUGAUUAUCAAGCAAUGUGCAAAGUACCGUACCACCACCACAGCGGUGCCCAGCCUCUGCUCAGCCCAAUUUAUGCCUUUCUAGCUGCAGUGAAAUGGCUGAUAAGUGAUUUCCUCAUCUUCCUUUUGGAGUUUAAUAUGAGUAGCUUCUGGCACUCAGACAACUUGGCAGAUGCCAAGGCUGUCUUCCAUCACUCUCACAAGCACAAGAAGCAUGACAUCCUGCAGCCCUGUGACACCGAGUAUCCUGUUUUCGUGUAUGAGCCGGCCAUCAAGGAGACCAAUGGGCUAAUCGAGUGCGGAGAUUGCCAAAAGAUGUUUGUGGCGCAGCAGAUCAUCAGCAGUAACCUGCUGCUCCUCGUCACAGAUGCUGUUUGCGACUGCAGCGUCUUCCCACCCGUCCUGCUGGAUGUGAAAGAGGUCAAAUAUAAUGCUUCAGUGAAGUGUGAACGGAUGCGGUCCCAGAAGCUGAGGCGGCGGCCGGACACGUGCCACGCGUUCCAUCCUGAGGAAAACGCCCAAGACUGCGGUGGCACUGCCGAGAUCUGCGUCUCACCACUGCUGCUCUUCCUGCCCCUGGUGCUGCUCCUGCGGUGA